AUGUGGUCGUGGUUUCACCACUCAACACCAGCAUCCAACGUCCCAGCUCCGUCAACCACACAUGCGUUCGUCACAACGACAACGUACACGCCCGGCGGAGGAACCGUCUACAGCACAACAACCAUAACGAGCUACGUGGAUCCGCCUCGUCCCACAUCUACAAAAGUGGUAUUUGUAACGGCACGUCCACCAGCCAGACGGAGCGGAAACACGCCAGCUGGAGUAAUAAUAGUACCCACAACACCAGCAAAGCCGGAGCCUGUCCACUUCGCCCCCCUCAGCCGCCGCAGAAAUCUCCGUCCGCAAUUAACAGCGCUCCCAUCUCCAGGCGACCUCUACGUAUGCACCGACCCCGGCUUCAGCGGCACAUGCACGUACAUACACUCGACGACAUACAAGUGCCACAACAUGCCGCCGCACCUGGUAACGUAUAUAUCAGCGAUCCGGCCGGACCGCGGCCAGCGCUGCAGCUUCUUCACGAAAUGGGGGUGUGAGCAGCUGGAUGCGCCGUGGAUGAAUGCGUUGAGAUGGCCCGGCGCGAGCGAUCUUAGCCUGUUUGGCUUGGAUGAUGCCGUGCUGAGCUGGGAGUGCUGGGAGGAUGAUUGCGAGGGCGUGCAGCGCGAGGGCGGGUGCUAUGAGAAUGCUGAUGGGACGCCGAAGCAGCCUUGA